AUGGAAGUUCAAGCUCAUAAUGAUGCAGACAACACUUGCCAAAUGAUUGACGGUGGACUAUUGGCGUAUAGUUCUUAUGGCAGGAGCUGUGUUGCUGUUCUUCACUGCUCUCAUCUUGCCACGAAUAUCUUCUUCCAUUAUACAACAGGAAUUGCUAUAGGCAUCCUUGGAUCAUUGAUUAUUAUUAUUAUGUACAUCAGGAAAUUUAUUCCAACGAAAUCUGCUGCUUUCUCAGUUAUGGUUGGUGGCUGGGGAUUAUUCAUUUAUUUGGUCCAGUAUGUAUGGCAGAAUUUUAUGGAGCUGAUUAAAGAAUAUCAAGCAGUUGCCAUUGGUUAUGUCGUUGUGGCUGGAUUAAUCAGUUUUGCCAUUGUGUACCGCUGUGGUCCAUUGACUGACCAGCGGUCAGUCAACCUUGUUCAGUGGGCUAUGCAACUCAUUUCCCUGGUGGCAGUCUUCUUUAGCAGUCAGUAUCGUGAAGCAACUCUUGGGCUGAUAAUCAUCAUGGUGUCAUAUAACAGCAUUCCAAGUAAAUGGAAAGCCAAAGCACGCACUUACUGGCGACGUCAUUUCCCUCCAAAGGUUAGAAGAUUAACUGAAGAAGAAUAUAUCCAACAAGGCAAUGUAGAGACACGAAAAGCAUUGGAUGAAUUGAGAGAGUAUUGUCGAUCACCCAACUGUAAUGCAUGGAAAACAGUAUCGAGAUUAAAGACUCCAACAAGAUUUGUGGAGUUUGUUGGAAAUCCUCGUAAGAGACAGAGUUUCACACCAAAAUAUAAUCAGAGGAAGAGGUUUGCAGAAUUUGUUGAAGGAGGGUCUCACUUAGAUGAUGAUGCUAUUCUUGCUUAUGAGAGCAACCAUGUAACACCAGUCAGAGAUGAAGAUGAUCUUUACUUAACAACAGAUGAUGAAGAGGAAACUUAGCAAUAGAUGAUUAAAAGGAAACAUGAGUUUAAUUAUUAAAUAUAUGCUUUUAUGUGCUGAAAGCACAGUUGUCAGUGAUAUUAUUUUGGGACAGUCUUGGUGCAUAGAAACUAUGAAAACACCAGCCAGGGAGUCUGUGCUUGCAUAAUUUCAUUGUUUUGAUGUAAGAGAAAGUUACAUACUGUAUGAAUUCUGAUGGCUGUGAAAUGUUCAGUGUGGUUAUUUAGUUUGUUUAUACACACUUUCUCCUACAUUUUUCUCUGCAAUGCUGUUAUGCUCAGGCCAAGUGUAACCUCUUCAGUAUGUUUGAGGAUUAUGUAUAUUUUUCAAGUACAUGCUCUUUACAAAACAAAAUAAACUGUAGUUCAAGAACAGAGGUAUCCUCAAGUGGCUAAAAAAAGAAAUAAAAAUUAAUGUACUGCACUGGUAAAAUUCCUGUGCUUCUUGUGGGAAUUUACGUGAGGCACUGUUAGUCAAGUAUAUAUUAUAAGCAAUUUUUGUACAAACCCAUUAAUUUUAUUCAAGUCUUUCAUGGUUCAGAAACCUAUGUAUUAUUCAACAACAGAAGUAGCUGUAAAUUUUUUUUAACUUGCUCUGUUUUCUGGUACUGGAACAUAGGAAAAUAUAAAUAUUUACUGAGUGGUCAAGUGUAUUGUAUGAAUGUAGUACCAUGGGAAUUUUGCCUUUUCACAUUAACUGAAAAUGUUUACUAGUUAGUACAGGUAGUCAGCAGCAUAUACUCUUUCAACUUAUGAACAUUCAGAUGUAAACUUCUGUGUAUGCAUGAAAUGUGAGAUAUAUAAACUUAAUUUUAUAUUUUUCAUUACCACCUUUCAAGGAAAGUGAAAGAUUUUUUUAUUAGAAUCUUUAUAUUUUAUACAGCAAUGAAAGAUUUUUGUUUAUAAUAAUAUUGAUUUCAUGAACAAAGACAUAAGUGUCUUGUUAGAAACUUUUAUUACCACACAGUACCAUAGGUUAACUACAUUGCUGGAUGCCCAGGAUAAUUUUGUUGAACUUACAAAUGAGCUCAUAGAAAGCAACUUGUUUGUAUGUAGAGGACUACCUGUUGUGUGAGUCAUUGUAGAUUCUUAGUGAGCGGAUAAUUGAUCACUGUGAUUGUAAUUUAUAAGAUAUGUUCAAGUUCAACCAUAGGUUACAGCUUAAAAUUUAGUUUUUGGGCACUAAAUCUUGCUAAACAGUUCAUAUUUACAAGUAAUAUGAUGAAAGUGGUGUGAAAGCCUAAUGUACUUUAUGUUUGUUUGCCAGUAAGGAUUGCAUUGUGAUCAUAAUUUAUCUGAGUCUUCAUUCAGGACUUCACAGAUUACUCUAGGUCAUGUCAGCUUGUCAUUCAUCAUUUCAUUUAAGGUCACCUACUAUAAAAUGGGAGAUAAGAGUUCUUGUUUCCUAAUAUUGUAAUUAAAUGUGUUCAUUGUGAAUGCUCAGUAUUUUGAGCUUUUUUGCCAUUUGAUAAUUAGAUCAUCAUCAUGAAAGAAUCUGAGAUCACAUGACAGAUUCUCACUUAGUUUAUUUAUUUUGAAGUGGUGGAAUUCAUCUGGUAAGUGCCAAGAAAAAUAUAUUUGCUAGUCUGUGUGUUUUUUAAAACUUUUUCAGCUUCUGUUGAAAAUCCUAUGAUGAAUAUAAAUUGAUUAAAAAUUUGUCAUGUUUCUCCAUGUGGUAAUAUUUUUUUUAGAUUUAUUUUGUUUCUUUGUGUAAAGUUUCACUUAACCAUAAUUUUACAGAUACUCUGGCACCAAUGGUGUAGGACAGUGUUGUCCAAACAUUUUUGCCUAUUGUACCCUUUAUUACCUUCUCCUACUGCUAUGUACCCGCCCUCGCCCACCAUGGCUGACCAAACUCAGUUUUAUUUAGGAUAACCAUGCAAAUAGUAUAUUGAUUAUGAAAAGACUGCAUUAUAGGAGUGUUGGUCAAUAAAUUCAAAUUUAUCACACAAAUAAAAAUGAUGAUUUAAUAACAAAAUGCUUCAAAAUUACUUACACAACUUAAUGUGAGAUGUGAGGCUGAUGUUCACUGAUGGGAUGUUUCUGUUGUGUGAGUGUGUGUUCCUUGUUUGUUCAUGUACCCUCAAGAUCUCAGGGGUACGCGGACCCCAGUUUGGACAACACUGGUGUAGGGGGAAGCCCCAGAAAAUGCUAAAAAAUCUAGGAACAUAGUAUCAGAACAAGGAUUGAAUUAGGUACUACUUGGCUGAUAUUGAAAUUCAUCUAAUUCAGAUGAGACUGUUUUAUUGCCUUUUUCAUUUUUGCCAGUGUUAUACCUUUGUCAGUUUGCUCUCUCUCUCUCUCUCUCUCUCUCUCUCUCUCUCUCUCUCUCUCUCUCUCUCUCUCUCUCUCUCUCUCUCUCUCUCAAUCAGUUCCCCUUGAUAGUCAAAGAAUUCAAUUAAUGUGAGCAGGAAAAAUUAAUUUAAAAAGUAUACCAUAAUGACAAGCAUUUAAUGACUAUCCACCUUUUUACAACUAAAAUAAUAAGAUUAAUUUAUGGAAGUGGUAGAAGAGUGGAGUGUUGUGGGUUGUGAAGAUUUAGCAGUGGCAGAAUGAUGAAUGUAUGAAAAGUACAUAUAAUGUUAGAGUAUGAAUAUGUUAUUCUUUAACCACAUUUUGUGAUGUGAAAUUAUAUUAUUUAACUAAUCCAUCCUCUACCACAAAGCACUAUACAUUAGCACCUUUCCUGUAAAUUUACUCAACCUGCUGAGGAUGAGAAAAAAGCUAAUUUUAUACUUCCUUUAUUUCUACACUGAUUUUUUCUAGGUCUUCCUUGUGAUUGAAAAUCUGAAAAAUUGUGACUGCAAAAUGGGUGAAAAUCUGAAAAAUUGUGACUGCAAAAUGGAUGAAAAUCUGAAAAAUUUUGACUGCAAAAUGGGUUAAAAUCUGAAAAGUUGUGACUGCAAAAUGGGUGAAAAUCUGAAGAGUUUUGACAGCAAAAUGGAUGAAAAUCUGAGAAGUUGUGACUGCAAAAUGGAUGAAUAAAGCUGAAAAGUUGUGUGCAAGGGCCCUAGCUGGUGUAAGGUGGACUUAGUUAACACCAACCAGUCCAGGAAGUCAUGGAAAAAGGGUAUAGAGGAAGUUGUGGCCCAGAGGGGAAUUCAGGCACAAAAUAAUAGGAGGAUAAAAUGGACCGGUCAGACACCUCACUCUAUAAAGGAAAAACUGAUGUAAAAACAUGAAUGAUGAGUCUUUCCUGUAGGGAGAGACUUGUAUCAUGUUCUCAUUUCUCUCUCUCUCUCUCUCUCUCUCUCUCUCUCUCUCUCUCUCUCUCUCUCUCUCUCUCUCUCUCUCUCUCUCUCUCUCUCUCUCUCCAUACAUAUGUGCCAUUUAAGUACUGCACUUCACUGGGUGAAUAUCACAUUCUACUGUAUUGCUUCCUUUAAUGAAGAAAGAACUCAUAAGUACCUUUAAAAGCUGAUAAAUUUUUCAUGAAAAUAUGUCAUUGGAUGAUAGGCAAAUGCCAAUCUACAGUUAUCUGGGGCCUACUAUGAUUGAUUGGGGAAGGCAGUCACUAACUAGCAAGUUGAUUGAUUGCUAUGACCUAUCUGUUACUAUAAGCUAUCUGUUAGAAUUUUGAGUAGCGAGUUUCUUAUGACUUGUGUCCUUUUUAUUUACCUUUUUAGACUGAAUUUUGAUGUAAGCUUUGUGAAAACAAGCAUUUUCCAUUUUUAUAUAAAAUUAAAUUGCCUUUAUUUUCAGAAGAAAUAUCAAGUAUACUUCAGGUAUCAUACAACAAAAUAAUGUCUUUAUAUAAUCAUUAUGUAUUUGUUUACCUCAUUCAAGUAAUUAGUAAUUUUCUUUAUCUAACUCUUAGGUUCCUUGUUUUUCAUGCAGAAGCUUUUUUCAAGUGUAUUAUGUAUCAUUUGAACUGCAUUUGCUACAUAUAAAAUUUUUAAUUGAAUAGUCAGAAAUGAGUACAAUUUUCAAUUUUGAAUCUUGAUACCAUAUGAUGUUAAUAUUAAAUACAGCUUGAAACAACUAAUGAAUAGAAUGUCAUAAUAUUCAUUAUUGGAGCCAUAAUAUUCAUUAUUGCGAGGAUCAUUAUUAUUAUUAACCCUUAAACGUCUAUUGGACGUAUUAAAUGUUGACAAAAAUUGUCUGUUGGGUGCUUAAUUGACGUAUGAUACGUCGAUGCAAAAAAGUUUUUUAAAAAUUUGCGGAAAAAUAGUUAUAGGCCUACUUGGCGAAAACUUUUGAAUCACGCACCUUGAGGGAUGCUGGGAGUUCACGGAUCAAGCUGUUGUUUUGUUUACAAGCGUUACCCAGGCGCGCAUGCAUGAAUUUCUUUCUUCUAGCACUAAAAAGCAUCAGCGACACAUCUCAGAAAUGAUUUCGUCACAUUGACGUAAUUUUUGCCCCAUUUAAUAUUAGCCGUUACAUAGUUUUAUAUAUGAAAAUGUGCGCAAUUUCAUGUAGAAUACAACGAAAAACAACCCAUGGUUGUAGCUUUUAUCAGUUUUGAAAUAUUUUCAUAUAAAUAAAGAUAAAUGCCAAAAUUUUAACUUCUGGUCAACUUUGACUUGACUGAAAUAGUAAAAAAAUGCAAUUGUAAGCUAAAACUCUUAUAUUCUAUUAAUAUUCAAACAUUUACCUUUAUUUUGCAACAAAUUGGAAGUCUAUAGCACAAUAUUUUGAUUUGGUGAAUAUAUAUAUAAAAAAAAAAAAAAUUUUCCUUACGUCCGUGCGGUAACUUCUGAAAAAAUCAGUAAUUUUUUCGUCAGAUUGUCGUAAUGUUUGCACCGUUUUAUAUUAGCCGUUACAUAAAGUUUUAUAUAUGAAACUGUGCACAAUUUCAUGUAGAAUACAACAAAAAACAACCCAUGGUUGUAGCUUUUAUCAUUUUUGAAAUAUUUUCAUAUAAAUAUCGAGAAGUGCCAAAAUAUCAACCUUCGGUCAACUUUGACUCUACCGAAAUGGUAGAAAAACGUAAUUUUAAGCUAAAACUCUUACAUUCUAGUAAUAUUCAAUCAUUUACCUUCAUUUUGCAACAAAUUGGAAGUCUCUAGCACAAUAUUUCGAUUUAUGGUGAAUUUUUGAAAAAAAAAAAAAAAAAAAAAAACUUCCUUACGUCCGUCCGGUAACUUCCGAAAAAAUCAGAAAUUUUUUGUCAGAUUGUCGUAAUGUUUGCACCAUUUUAUAUUAGCCGUUACAUAAAGUUUUAUAUUUGAAAAUGUGCGCAAUUUCAUGGAGAAUACAACAAAAAAUAACUCAUGGUAGUAGCUUUAAUCGGUUUUGAAAUAUUUUCAUAUAAAUCGUGAUAAAUAGAAAAAAUUUGACCUUUGGUCAACUUUAACUCAACCGAAAUGGUCGAAAACUGGAAUUGUAAGCUACAACACAUAUAGCCUAGUAAUAUUCAAUCAUUUACCUUCAUUUUGCAACAUUAGAAGUCUCUAGCACAAUAUUUCUAUUUAUGGUGAAUUUUUAGAAAAAACUUUUUCCUUACGUCCACGCGGUAACUCUUCCCAAAAAAAAUCAGAAAUUUUUCAUCAGAUCGUCGUAAUGUUUUGACCAUUUUAUAUUAGCCGUUACAUAAAAUUUUAUAUAUGAAAAUGUGUGCAAUUUCAUGAAUACAACAAAAAAUAACUCAUGGUUGUAGCUUUUAUUACUUUUGAAAUAUAACUUUAACUCGACCGAAAUUGUCGAAAACUGCAAUUGUAAGCUACAGCACUUAUAGUCUAGUAAUAUCCAAUCAUUUACCUUCAUUUUGCAACAAAUUGGAAGUCUCUAGCACAAUAUUUAUGGUGUAAUUUUUGAAAAAACUUUUUCCUUACGUCCGCGCGCUAACUCUUCCAAAAAAAUCAGAAAUUUUUUCAUCAGAUUGUCGUAAUGUUUGCACCGUUUUAUAUAUGAAAAUUUGGGGCAAUUUCAUGUAGAAUACAACAAAAAAUAACUCAUGGUUGUAGCUUUUAUCAGUUUUGAAAUAUUUUCAUAUAAAUCACGAUAAAUAGAAAAAAUUCGACCUAUGGUCAACUUUAAUUCGAUGGAAAUGGUCGAAAACUGCAAUUGUAAGCUACAACACUUACAGUCUAGUAAUAUUCAAUUAAUUACCUUCAUUUUGCAACAAGGGGAAGUCUCUUGCACAAUAUUUCGAUUUAUGGUGAAUUUUUUAAAUUUUUUUUUUUUUUUAUGUCUGCUCGUUACAAAUUCAUGCAUCAUAUUCUGAUAAUAUUUUAUCCAUGUUGCUCUGAUCAUUUUACAGUUUGUUAUAUACCCAAAUCAUCGCAAUUUAGUGUACAAUACAACAAAAAAAUAACUCAUUAGCUUUAACCGUUUGCUCACAGCGGGAUUUGUAUACAAUUAUAUAUGAAACUUUUUUUUCGUACUGUCAUAUAUUCCAAUAUUUAUAUAUGAUAAUGAUUUUUUUUUCUUUCUGAUGGUUGCAUACAAAACUUCAGACAAUUACAUAAAAGGAGCCAAAAAUGAACUCUUAAUCUUGAAAACUAAGCGUGCUGUGAUUUGAAAAAAAAAAAAAGAAAUUUCCGCUUCGGCGGUCACUCCCGAACGCUGCUGGCAUACGGGAGACACUUUAGGAAAUACCGGCUCGGCGUUUAAGGGUUAAUAGGGCUUAGUUUUGAAAAGGUUAGUUUUGGGAUUACAAUGCAGUGUGUUUAAGAUUGUUAAUAAGUAGCUCAAAGCAAAUGAUCUGUGGUAGAUGACAGGUAGUUUAUAGUAAAAUUCAGUAUAGUACAUAUUUUAUUUCACAACUUUAUAUUAGUAGUUGGAGUUCUUGCAUGAGUGUAUGGAUUUUACUCUAGUACCAUUCCUCCAUGCUUACCAAGUUUGUAUGUUGCUUCAUCUCUUGGAUGCAUUAGAUUAUAUGAUGAUAUAGGGGAUCAGGUUUUCAUUAUUAGGAGAAUACUUGUCUGUGGGGGGAUCCAAGAAUUCCUCAGUUUAAUUCAACUGUUUUAUGUAGACACAGGGGGAAUACAAGAGCCAUAAGACCUCUUUUGUACUAUUUUCAUUCUUGAGUGUCAUCUAUUGCACUGAAAAAACAGUAAUAUAAGUGAUUAAGAAAAAUCCAUUGUCGAAGUCUUUGGAGAUCAUAAAAAGAGGCAGAGAGUAUAAGUUGCUUAUACAUCAUAUGCAGUAAUGCUCAGUGGAUCCACAGGAGUAUUUAAUGGUAUAUAUGAAAAAUUAAGAUUAAUUUGGAUUUCACUGCAUCUUUACUACUUGGAGCCAUAAUCUUGGACUGUUCUUGAAAUGGAGGACAAAGUUCCAUAUUGUAAAUAAAUCUGGUCCUCAUUCUCUCAGAGUAAUGGAGUUAUGGUUAGUCAGCGACCAUAGCUAGAUACAUUGUUGGAUUAAGCCUCAAACUCUGAUAACUUGAAGAUGAUACCCACAAGUUAUCUGACUAGAUAAGUUGACUGAAUUUGUUUGCUGGUCAAAAGUUAUGGUUUUUCUUUUCUUUAUCCAAAAAAUCUGUUCAUGGAUGAGGUGUUGAUAUUGCUUACAAUCUGCAAGCUUAAAAGGGGACGUAAAGAAGGGAUAUUUUGAGCAGCUUAAACAGUGCAUAGGUUUUCCAAAUUAUAUAAAACUUUAAAAGAAGGUUAGAUUGCUAUUAUACUUAAUCUAAUCUAUGCUUAGAAUGAAGGUUAUUCAGGCCAUCCCUUUGUUUCAAUAUCAUAUUUUCCACUGACUUGUAAUUACCUGACCACUGGUGUUCUUUCCUAAGCAUCUGGGAAAAGUCAUAAUUUACAGGUACUUUUGAUAGUGAUGAGAAUACUGGAAUGUUCACUAAUAAGGGAUAGCAUAAACAUUUUGCUAGGAAGAUAAUGGACUGAUUUUUUUGUCAUGGUUUGAUGGCUAUUACAGUUAUUUGCAAGUUUGUAUAAUGCAUGCAUUUUUUACAGACAUUGAAGAUAUUUACUUGAGUUUGCUCCAAACUCUUCAGAAUUUUGAUGAUAUUUUUUUUUUCCUAAAGUAACUCCUUGUUCUAUGUAGUGUGACAAGGCAUAUUGUAAAGUUUUCAAGUACAGAAUAAUUUUGUUUUUUGUUUUGAUUUGCCCAUGAAGCCCACCUGUAUCUGAAAAAUCUUAAUAUGUUACCUUUGCAGUAUAUUGUACCUGCUUUCUGCAUAGAAAAAACUAGAUAAAUAAGAAAAUUGCAGAUAUUUUAUAGGUACUACUUUAAUAUUUAGUUUAUAUCAAUUAGUAGACAAAUGACCUCAAAUGAUAGAAAACAAAUUUGGGAGUUUAGCUUUUAAUGUAAUUUUGAUAGUAUGAGUUUAACAUUAUUUAGCUCACCUUCUUCAUUUUAUUCACUGAAAUACCCAAUGGAAUUUAUGAUCCACAAUGGCUUCAGGCUAAAGUUUUUUUUUUUAUUGUAUACAAGAGCAACACUUACUGGACCAAAGAUUGUUUACUGUAUGUAGGAAAAGUGUAUUCCAGAUGAAAUUUCAUGCAGUAAGUGUACUCAGAAGUUGUACUUACUUUCUCAAGGAAUAAUUGCUCAUAUUUUGUCAUAAAUGACCAAUAUUAGAAGUAUUUAUUGUAAAAUGGUGUCUUCAUAUUUUUAUGAUAAAAGUCCUCUUGCAAAAUAAAGUUUUAGUCCUUUCA